AGAAAUUGUAGGUUUUGCCGUGAGUGGCGCUGUACGCCAAAAACGUGUAGUGUGCGUUGAAACAAAAGUUUUGCUGCAUCUUUCCUGGCCAAAAUGACCUUCCGGGAGCGUCUGUUGAAGAAGAAAAUCCGUCGUCGUGAACAAAAGUACAAGGAGUUCAGGAAGAAGAAGCAAAAUGACCCUGAGGAAAGCGAAGAAGAAGUCCCUGAACAGGAGGAAUCCACUCCGAAGGUGAAGAAAUCCAAGAAGAAGCCAUCGCCAAUGAAAUUCCACGUGGAAGAAAAUCCAGAAGAAAUUGUGGAAAAUCCUGGCAAGAAGAAAAAGAAGCGGAAAGCAGAAGUCGCGGAAAAUGGAGAGUCUUCAUCCGAGGUAACAGUCGAGAAACAAGUAAAGAAGCAAAAGAAAGUGAAAAAUGAAACGGUAGAGGAAUCUGUAGAAAAUAGUGAGCAGGAAAUAGAUAAAGCCCCAGAAUCCACCCCUCAGAUUGUCCUAGAGGACACAAAUUUUAGUUCCCUGGAGAAGCACGUUUCCCAGGGCACUCUAAAAGCCGUUGAGGAUAUGGGCUUCACAAAGAUGACAGAGAUCCAGGCAAAAUCCAUUCCCCCUUUGCUCCUGGGACGCCACCUAAUAGGAUCAGCCAAGACAGGUUCUGGCAAGACCCUGGCAUUUUUAAUUCCAGUCGUUGAAUUGAUGCACAAAUUGAAUUUCAAGCCAAGGAAUGGAACUGGAGCGAUUAUAAUCUCUCCCACUCGCGAGCUCUGCAUGCAGAUCUUUGGAGUUCUCACUGAACUCAUGGCGAAUCAUUCCCAGACCUAUGGGCUGAUAAUGGGAGGUGCCAAUCGGAAAGUGGAAGCUGAAAAACUCUCCAUGGGAAUUAAUAUAAUUGUAGCUACUCCGGGAAGGCUUCUGGAUCACCUCCAGAAUACCCCAGAUUUCCUCUACAAGAACCUCACGUGCCUGGUUAUCGACGAAGUGGACAGGAUCCUGGAAAUAGGCUUUGAAAUUGAGCUCAAGCAGAUUAUCUCAAUGUUGCCCAAGAAUCGGCAAACGAUGCUCUUUUCAGCCACUCAAACGGAGAAAACGGAUGCCCUCUACAAAUUAGCCCUCAAAGGAAAUCCCGUCUACGUAGGAGUUGACGAUGAAAAGGAAGUAGCCACAGUCUCUGGACUCAAUCAAGGUUACGUUGUCUGUCCGUCAGAAAAGAGAUUCCUCAUGCUGUUCACCUUCCUGAAGAAGAACAGGAAGAAGAAGGUGAUGGUAUUCUUCAGUUCCUGCAUGUCUGUGAGAUUCCAUCAUGAUCUGCUGAACUACAUCGAUCUCCCGGUCAGCUGCAUCCAUGGGAAGCAGAAGCAGGCCAAAAGAACAUCCACAUUCUUCCAAUUCUGCAAUGCCGAGCAGGGAACUCUGCUGUGCACAAAUGUAGCUGCCAGAGGACUGGAUAUCCCCGCUGUGGACUGGAUUGUUCAGUUUGAUCCUCCAGAUGAUCCCAAGGAAUACAUCCACAGAGUGGGCAGAACAGCACGUGGCCUGGGCGGAUCAGGGCAUGCGGUUUUGCUUCUGAGGCCGGAAGAACUUCAAUUCCUCAAUUACUUGAAAGAGGCCAAAGUGCCACUCAAUGAGUUCGAUUUUGCCUGGAACAAAAUCGCAGAUGUUCAGCUUCAGCUUGAACAUUUGAUUGGGAAGAACUAUCAUCUGAAUCAGGCGGCUAAGGAAGCCUUCAAGGCAUACGUGAGGGCAUACGAUGCACACCAGCUGAAGACAGUGUUCGAUGUCUCAACGCUGGACUUGAAAGGUGUUGCAAAGAGCUUUGGUUUCCUAACACCGCCUUUUGUGGAUUUGAACAUCAACAUCAAGAGACAGAGACCCGAGAAGAGAACUGGAGGAGGUGGCUACGGCGCACUAAAAGCAAUGAAUGCCAGCCAGAAGAAGACCAAGAAGGUGUACAGAGAGGCUGAGGGUCAGAAGACAAGAGGAUGAUGAUCAGGGAAUUGAUCCUCAGGAGAAUGGAUUUGAGAAAAAUGAAGAAGUAAAAUAAAAAAAAAAUAAAAGAAAUUCUUCUAUUUAUAAAA